AUGCCGAGCCCCACGGCCCGGCUGCUCCGCGCCCACCAGGUGCCCGAGAGUUACCGGGAGCCGGGGAUCCUCUCCGGGUACCGCCCCCCCCGGAGCUCGGCCUGCGAGUGCCUGCUCAGCCUCUUCGCCAUGAACAACGAGACCCUCAACAUCUGGACACACCUGGUGCCCGCCGGGUAUUUCCUGUGGCUGCUGCAGGCGCGGCUGCGGGAUUCGGGGUCUCCGGGCGGCGGGGCCGGGGCGGGGCCGUUCCUGGCCUACCUGGGCACGUGCGCGCUCUACCCGCUGGCCUCGAGCGCGGCGCACGCGCUGGGCGCGCUGGGCGGGCGCGGCCGGCACCGCGCCUUCUGCUGCGACUACGCCGCGCUCAGCCUCUACGGCCUGGGCUCGGCGCUGGCGUAUUCCGCCUACGUCUUCCCGCUGGAAUGGGUCGGGAGCACAUUCCACGAUUUCUACGUUCCCGUGGCCGUGCUCAACUCCGUGCUCAGCACUGGCCUGUCCUGCUAUUCCAGGUUUCUGGAGGCGGAGCGGCCCUGCCUGAGCAAAGCUUUCCGAACUUUGGCCUUCGUGUAUCCCUACAUUUUCGACAGCAUCCCAGUUUUCUACAGGCUGUCCCGGAGCGCGGCCGGGAGCUGCUCCGAAGGCUCGCUCCCGCUGCAUUCCCGGCACAGCCUCUGCGCCCUCCUGACCUUCCUGAGCUUCACCUCGCGCCUGCCCGAGCGCCUGGCGCCGGGGAGCUUCGACUUCAUCGGGCACAGCCACCAGGUUUUCCACAUCUGCGGGAUCCUGGGAACGCUCUUCCAGCUGGAAGCCGUCUCCGUGGACAUGGCGGAGCGGCGCGGCCGCCUCCCGCUUCCCUCUUCCCUGGAAACCUUCGGAUCCCUGGGAAUGGGAGCGGCCGCCAGCCUGGCCAUCCUCGGGGUCUGCUUCCGCAGCCUCCGCCCGGAGCCUCCUUCCCGGGAAAAAUCCCACUAGAAUCAGGGAUUGCCUGGGAUUUCUGGGAGCAGUCCCAUUCCAGAGGUGUUCCCAUGGGGGAAUUGGAUCGCCUGGA